AUGGACUCCCAGGCACCAAAGCAAGAUGAUGACUUCAAGGGCCCAAACUUGAAUGUCACGCUCAUGUGCCCAGACUGCAAAGCGUAUCCCCCUAACCUAAUAGAAAGGUUCAGUGAAGGCGACAUUGUCUGUGGCGACUGUGGCUUUGUUCUUAGUGAUCGCGUGGUUGACACAAGAUCGGAGUGGAGAACAUUCAGUAACGACGAUCAAAACGGUGAUGAUCCUAGCCGUGUGGGUGAUGCCGGAAACCCUCUAUUGGAUACAGAAAACCUCUCCACGAUGAUUUCCUACGCUCCUGAGAAUGUCAGAGCUGGAAGGGAUCUCAGCAGAGCCCAGGCUAGAUCCUUAGUGGACAAGAAAGACAAUGCCUUGUUGACGGCCUUCACGAAAAUAUCACAGAUGUGUGAUGCUAUCCAGCUACCCAAGAUUGUCGUGGACAGUGCCAAGGAGGUUUACAAACUAGUAUACGAGGAGAAGGUGUUGAAAGGAAAGUCGCAGGAGUCUAUCAUGGCUGCAGCUAUCUACAUGGGCUGCAAGCUGGCCAAGCUAUCAAGAUCCCUCAAAGAGAUUUGGGCACUUACUAAUGUGCCCAUCAAAACUACAGGUAAGGUAUUUAAGAUAGUCAUGCUGAUUUUGAGGGAGAAGAGUCACGCCGAUCCAAAUGCUUACUCUUUCAUCAAGGACAGCGAGCAGGCUAUGCUGACGUCUUCAGACGUCUGGAUCAGAAGAUACUGCUCCAAUUUGGGUUUAAACAUGGACGUUUCCAAUGCGGCCGAAGCAAUUGCUCGCAAGUGCUCCGAAGAGGGUAUUUUAGCCGGAAGAUCACCCACGACAGUGGCAGCCACCGUUAUCUAUUUCGCCAGCUUGCUUUUUGAUGCCCAGACUACACCAGCAAAGAUCGGUGUGAAGGUGGGAGUCAGUGACGGUACAAUCAAGACAGCGUUCAAGGUCGCCUGUCAGUAUAGGGAUACUUUGGUUGAUCCCAAGUGGAUCGAGAGCGGAAAGGUGAAAAUCGAGAACAUUCCCCAGGCAUAG